AUGCCUCAAAGUUCAGCUUAUUUAUAUUUACAUCGUCUUGAUGAAUCAUUCCAAGAUUUGAUAUUAACAUCAAUUGUUGCUAAUUAUCGAAAACUUAAAUUAAGCAUAGAUGUUCUUAUAUCAAUUACUAUGAUAGCAGAUGCUUUAGGACUGCAUCCAAAACCAUUAUUCGAUACAACACAGUUUUAUUAUAAUUAUCAAACAAAUAUUAGAAGUAAUACAUCGAAUAAAUGUACAGUUCUUGAACAAGCUAAAUUAUCUAAUCAUCGUUUAGCCAUGUUUAUUGAAAUAGAAGAAUCAGGUUUAUUAAAAAAUAGACAUGGUGAUUGUAAUGAUGAAAUUGUUGUAAUCUCUUGUUUAUCACUAUUUGGUAUUAAACAUGUUUUAUCACAUAAGUUAGUUAAAGAAUAUGGAAAAUCAAUUCCAAAUAGACUAUAA